AUGGAGAAGUCCAUGGACAGCGGUGUCCUCCACGACGACGAAGGAGGCCAGCACCGCGGUCUGGUAUCCGACGUGAAGCCAGCGUCGGCCCUCGAUUUGGUCGUCAACGACUGCAGCACAGCCAUCGAGAAGGUCAACCUAGAAAUCUAUUCCACGGAGGGGCAGGUGAAGAACCUGGCAGACAUACGUGCCACCAUCCAUUCCUGUGUCCAGGGGGAUGGCAAAAAGCCACCGCUCUGCAAGUAUUCGUGCCCGCCGCCGCCGGAGAAGCCGUGCUCGGCUAACGAGACUGCCAUCGUCGACAAGCUGAGCGGCGUAUACAAUGCGUGGGUUGCCACCGAGAAAUUCCUCACGGAAUUACUGCCUCCAGCUGAAGUCAAUGAUAAAGAGGCGCCAAAGAAGUAUGCAUAA